AUGAAUCAUGAGGCGGAGCCCGGUCAAACUCUCACAUCUGGCUCCGAUGCGGGGACCCUUCCGCCUCUGUGCGACAUCUUCGUCAUCGAAGAGGGCGCCGCUGACCAAGCUCAGGUUUUGGACGCCCUCUCCAUGACCCCCGACCCCGAGGUCGGUGCAGAUAUACUCUUGAGGUGCAUAGAGAAAGCCGUUGUCGGAGGAGGUCCUCCACGGCUAGAAGCUCUGGUCGAGCAACUUGCACACCACCUGCUCGUCUCUCCAGUCGAGGUGGUCCCUGAAGCGGUGAGGUUGUACCUCGUGGACCUUUCCCCAGAAGAGCUGCCCAAGUAUGUGGACGAACAUCUCGGUUGGGCAUGCAGUCGGGCCGCGGUCGGCCUAUUGCCGCCCGAGACCUCACAAAAACUUCUUGACCUCCUCCCCCCCAUGGUGGUCUACGCUGCCCUUCAGAAUGAAAGGCUAGCUCAUUUUCCGGGAGCUCAGACUCUUACCCCCUUGUACCGUCGCAAAAACCUUUCCUCGCUCCUGGAAUUAAAGAGCUCCGAAGCGAGCCCCUUCAGCGAGGGGUGGACCGCCCGCCUUUUCCAACGGAGAAGCGAGGUGUCCAGGCAGACCGCCGGCGGCCCGGCUAGUCUUCAGCAGGCGGCUCCUGCUCAGCACUUCCAUGGUUUCAAUCAUCGGUCUACCUCCUCGCCCCCGCGCAGGUCGGUUUCUAGGGAGCGCGGAGAGAUCUCCUCCGGGCGCUCCCCGGGGGCCUUGAAUCUAACGCCCCCGUCUCACGGAUCCCGGGUGACCUUGAGGCCGAAUCCGGACGCCAUCUCGAACGGGGACCGUAGACUGGCCUCUCGGGAUGCUGAUAAAGCAUCCUCAGCCUUCAAGGGCGGUCCCUUCAAAGGCGUCGAUGACAAGCGCGGACUCUCAGGUUUUUGGCGUCAAGUAGAGUCGUUGGUGGUCCGGCGUGGUUGGCAAAUCGGCGGUCCUGAGCAUUAUUUUCUUCUCACUAAUCUAGUUCCGGAGUACACGCUCGAGGAGGCCGUGGGACGUAAGAAUCCUGUGACUCUGGUCGACUUUUCGACGUCCGUUGCUGAUAUCCGCUCCGCUCUAGCGGAAGAGUGUGGUGGCCACUUCGAGGUCGAGAAGCUCUUAUCAGAACCCACUGCCCGCUCGAACCAGGAGACCCUGACAUCCUACAUCGGGCGUCUGGAUGAGUGGGCCAGACGCUGUGCUUUAGCCCGGCGCUCCCCUCGAUCGAUGGGCAAAUUUAUUUCGAGGGGCCGCGCAGGAGCAAGCCGAGUUGACCAGACCGAUGACGAUGACAUGAGUUUUUGGCGUCAAGUAGAGUCGUUGGUGGUCCGGCGUGGUUGGCAAAUCGGCGGUCCUGAGCAUUAUUUUCUUCUCACUAAUCUAGUUCCGGAGUACACGCUCGAGGAGGCCGUGGGACGUAAGAAUCCUGUGACUCUGGUCGACUUUUCGACGUCCGUUGCUGAUAUCCGCUCCGCUCUAGCGGAAGAGUGCGGUGGCCACUUCGAGGUCGAGAAGCUCUUAUCAGAACCCACUGCCCGCUCGAACCAGGAGACCCUGACAUCCUACAUCGGGCGUCUGGAUGAGUGGGCCAGACGCUGUGCUUUAGCCGGCGCUCCCCUCGGUGACGGCCAUGUUAUCAGGGCGUUCCGUGAGGGAGUAAACGAUGAGGUCUGUAAAGAGGCCUCCUACGAAUACUCUGGCCUCUGGUCACAAUUCAGGUCUAAAGCCCUAACACGCGCGGCCCGCGCGGAUGCUGACCGCUUGGCUAAGUCUGGUGGUCGGUCUUCCAUCGCAUCGUCCUCCAGCAGGGGGGCACCUCCUCCAGGCCGUUCGACUACCUCGCCGUCGUCCAAGGUGGAACGGUGCCGUAACGCUCUCCGCGGGCGUUGUCAGCGAGGAGACAAGUGCAUUUAUCGGCACCUCGGGCCCAACGAAUGCCGGCAGUGGGCUGCCGAGGGCAGGUGCCGUUUCGGUAAAGACUGCAAGUACCGGCACGGUAUCGCGGACGAGAAAAAGGCACACGGUGGAGGGCCACCAUCCCGGCAAACGCCAUCUUCUAACAAGAACCUAAGGGCCAUUUCCGAAUCCGAUGCGAGCGGACGACCCGGCGAGGCUGCCGGCCAGAGCUGUCCCGAUUCUCCGGAGGAGGACCUCCAGAUGCUGUGGGCUGUUCAAGACACUGCGAGUGAGGCGCCUGGAAAGCAGGCGGGGCCCACGCUCACCCUUUACCCCUCUGGGGGGCAGUCUCCUUUCACGGCUCUUCUGGAUUCGGGUGCUGUUCGGAAUUACGUCGGUCACGAGAUGGCUGCUGCAAGGGGCUGGAAGAUCAGCCCAUGCUCGACCUCUGCCAAGCUCGCUAACGGCGCAAUCGUCAAGCUCAGUGGCACUACCGAGGUCACAGUGCACCGUGAUGGUCGAGACUAUGAGCUACAAUUCUUUGUUCUCCCUGGAAGCGGUGCUUCCACGGGCGUGGACGCCUCCACGUGCAUCCUUGGUGUCCGGUCUAUGUGCGCAUUGAAGGUCUCUCUGUGUUUCGACGAGGUAUCGGGUUCGCGCCAGGUCAUCGUUCGUACCCCUGUGAAACCCUCGGGUUAUUCUUCGUCCCCCGAUCUCGCCCAGGAUGGCUGUCUGAAGUACGUGGCGCUCGCAGAAGAAGACCUUCCCAUCACCGUGGUUGAGGAGCGCGAGCACGUAGUUUACCGCUGCGAACGAGGCAUUGAUGAGCUCCUGGCUGUGGGUGGACCCGCUCAGGAGAGCGCGUGCGCCGGACGCACGGCGAAGUUGGGGGAGCAAUGGCGUCAGGUCAAGGCUGCCCCGGAAUAUUCGAUCCGUCUGCGACCCCUCGCUGAAGGCGAGGCCAAGGAUUGCCCUGAUCAAAGUCAUACUGUCGAGGUCCGAUGGUCCUCGUCGCCGCUGGUGCGGCAAGGGCCCGUACAUGACUACUCUCGAAGCCUUUUCGCACGUCUGAGUCUCUCUCAACAAGAAUCCUAUCUGGAGGAACUCGAACGCUUCCAGGAACGCGGUUGGUGGGAACCCCUCUCUAUCGAGGAAACCAACGAACAGUCCUGCCUGCCCGAAGCUAUCGCCUUUCCGGUGGUACAAGGCCAAAAGGUUCGGCCUUGUGUCGACCUACGACGUGGUAACGCAACGUCUCCACCGAGCUCGUAUCCAGGGGACUCAUGCGCAACAAUCCUCGCGCAGGUGCGUGUCGCUCUCGCUGCUAUUUCGCUCCGAGCGCGCGCGGAGCAGCUACCUUCCCUCCGUCGCCUCAGUUUUUACACUCUCGACGCGGCCACCGCUUUCUAUCGGGUGAGACUGUACGAUCAUACGGCGGUCAUAAGGUCUCUCGGCCGCCGCUUCGCCGCACGCCGGCUGGUCUUCGGCCUACGCUGCGGCCCGGCCGUUCUCCGCGAAGCCCUUUCUUGCCUGAUUGAAGCCGCGUUGUCAGCGUGCGGGUCCUGUGAAGGUGACCUUCCACUGUUGCAUUGGGAGUACGUGGAUGAUAUCUGCCUCCUGGGUGACUCUGUGGCAGUCCGCAACCUUCGAGAGCAGAUCAUUCGUCUGGGAGGACAGUGGGGUUUCGAGUUUCCUGCCAAGAAAUCUCACUCGUUAGACUUCUCGGCUACGGGCGAGGUCGAGGAGUUCGUUGACUUCAAACACCUUGGGGUUUGCUUCAUUUUCUCUCCGGGAUCCCAGCCAGGCCAGGGAUCACUGGUGCUGCGUUGCAUCACUUCCUCCGACCCAGAGGUAACGGUCUUCAAAGAGAACCAAAAGGUCACCAAAAGGACUCUCUUUCGCGCCGCCGGUGCGGCCUAUGAUCCGCUGACUCUCCACGCCGACCGGUGUCUCGCUGCCGAUUAUGUAAGACGCAUCUCCGGUCGAUGGAAAGCUGGGUGGGACCAGGAGGUCUCGCUAAAUGCUGAUGAAGCGAAGACUCUUACCGCCUGUUUCCGUGUUCUGGGUGCUCGAUCUGGUCCCUGUGAUCAUGAGACUUCUUUCGCCGCGACAAUUCUGGAGGUCUCAUGCGACUCGAGCCCCUUCGGCAUGGGGUUCGUCGUCUAUCUGGUACAUGAUGAGCUACACCGCACUCCUCUGGCACGAAGGGCGAGGUGCUUCCGAGGCUCCAUGCUCAACUGGCACCAGAACCGGAAGGAGUCGUUCGGUCUGGCGGCGGCCCAUAUCUUUGUUGAUAGCCUGGCUCCCUAUCUCAGUGGCAUCACACUCCGCUUCCUCUCCGACUCUCGGACAGCCCUCUCCUGGCUCCGCGGUGGAGCCCGACUGACUUGCAAGUCCAUCGAGCGCAUUGCCAUAGCCCGUCUUUGUGAUGCGAUUGCGGACGUCCGUGAGGUUUGGAGAAGGAAAUACCAUGUCGUACCAGACUUGCUGCAUGUGGCAGCAUCUCAGAACGCCGAGGCGGAUGGACUCAGUCGGUUGGCGUUUUCUUGGGGCAUCCCUGAAAGCAUCAUAUUCGAAGGGCGAGGUAUGGCCGGGGCUCGCCCGGCAUUCGACCUGGCAGAGGACGCCACUGAUCAAGAGCGCGGAAAGCUACUAGGCUCCGCAUCAGCACCAUCAUCAAGCACCUUAGGUGAAUCUACUGUCCUUGAUCAUCUAAGGAUUAUCUCUUCGACGGGGGACGCCUCACAGGUUCCUCCCGACUUUCAACUCGGGCAUGGUUCUCCGCCAAGAGGGAGAUUACAUUCUUUGCAAUGGCUUUCCCCGACAUCUGCCUCCGUUCUCAGGUUGCUGGGUGCAACCCCUCCUGAUGGACUCGGGGCGUGUCCUUCAUCACUUCUCCCACACGGCCUUUCUCCGGAGCUCUCAUCCUUUUCCCUGGCCGAUGACGGCCUCCUCAUGAAAGAGGUGAAGACCUCUAAGGUCAACGGUGUUGCUUCAACUCGCAUUUGCUAUUACGUCCCGACGGACAUCUCCGAGGGGAGGCACUACGCGCAUUCUCUGGUCGAGGCCUAUCAUAAGGAAUCUGGCUGUCUGAACAGCCGUUAUGUCCGUUGGAUGAUAUCGAGGUGUUUCUACAUCCAUAAGCUUCGCACUUAUGUAGAGUCUGUCUGUCGCGCAUGUGAAGGCUGUCAGCUGGGCUCCAAUCGUCGUUACUUCUCGACCGUGGAUUCUGCCCGCUCUUUGCGCACUGGCGCGCGAGAGUGCUGGCACACCGUUUCCGCAGACCUCGCGGAGAUGGGUUGGGACAAGAAGCGCCGCUACUCUGCGGUUCUUCUGAUGACUUGCCACUACAGUGGUUAUUGUACUGCAUCCCCUUUGAAGGAUCAAAGAAGCCUCACGGUGGCCGGCGAAAUGUCUCGCCUGUUUGAUCUUCUGGGGUAUCCCGUUCGCCUCCGGACGGACGGAGGGCCAUGUUUCAAGGGUCGGCCUCUGGCUGAGAUAUUAUCGUCCCGCUCGGUGACUCAUCAAAUCUUACCUCCAUAUGCUGCCUUUUCGAAUGGUCUGGCCGAAAGGGCGAUUGCCAGCCUCAAAUUUCUGGCCCGUCAGCUCGAUGAUAAGAGAAGUUGGCCAUCUACGCUAAGCAGAGUGCUGCAUCGUCUCAAUGGUAAACCUUUUCUCGACACUGGUCUGUCUCCUUUCGAGAUUUUCUACGGUCGUCCUCUCCGCCUCAGCCCGGAGAAUGCUCUGGAGGAGGGCGAUUUGGAUGCCAGUGGUCACACUGUUCAGUCUCGCCAGGCUGUGCGUGAUGAGAUUGACCGCUUAGUUCAGACUGCAUUAGAGGCCAGGCAGCAGCGCCUUGAUGAUACUCGUGGGUUACGUCGCCGUGGUCCUCCUCCGGUCGGUACUGAGGUCAUUGUUUUUAACCCUGACACUCUGGGACGCGGAGGGAAAUACGAUCGGACGAUCUACCGCGUCCUUGAGAUUAUUCGUGGCGUUGUCCUGAAGCUGGUAGAUGCCAAGGUGCCAGAAGACCAAGUUAUCCCCAGCAUGAUUAAGGAAACUCACUACGCCAAUAUUGUCGACGGCGUAAAACAUCUACUGUGUGGCGAAGAGAUCGACUAUUUGGAGAGCCUCUACGCCGAUGAACGCGCAGAGGCACAGUCCCGAUUUGCAGAGUACUUGCGGUUCUGGAAGACCGCACAUGAAGUACAGCAGCAAAUGCUUCAGAGACGGAUCUCGAGGAGAGGCCAGAUCGAGCCGCUAUCGGUCGGUGAGUCGGUCUUGGUGUAUUGUCCCUCCUCCAGUACGGCGUCGGGAAAACAUAUUGCUGAUUUCGUCGGCCCUUAUGAGAUCAUUGAAGUGGUGUCGGACAGCCUCCGCCGACUGGACGUUAUCAACAAGGGAGGUCACAGUGUCCGAGAUAUCUCUGCUGUUCAGCACGUUAACAAUCUGGUUCCGUACUUCCGCCGAGAAGAAGGAGCGGUUGACUCGUGGUUACAGUGUGACCGGUGUGACGAAUGGAUCAAGGUCGAUGAAGUGACGAUGAAGAGGUUUGCUGCUCCGUCUGCCAGAUUCUUCUGCCGGCUGGCUGGGCGGGAGUGUCGCAGGGCGAGCGACGAUUGA